GGGCGGAGCUAGAUGGUAGGGCCAAUGAAUGGCCGUCCCCAGGGCCCCGCCCCGCCCCCGUCCCCCGCCUCCGGAGCCGCGGCCUCCUCGGAGUACCCAACCGCCCCUUGCCCAGGCCUGGGGCAGCGCGAGCGCCGAACCUUCGCUGGACACCAAGAUGCCUGGCGAACAGCAGGCGGAGGAAGAGGAGGAGGAAGAGAUGCAGGAGGAGAUGGUGCUGCUGGUGAAGGGUGAGGAGGAGGAGGGUGAGGAGAAGUAUGAGGUGGUGAAACUCAAGAUCCCCGUGGAAAACAAGGAGGUGGACAAAAAGGAGGUCGCCAGCGAGGUGCCAGCAGCAGCCCCAGCGGCGUCGAGCGAUCCGGCUCGCCCGCACGUGUGCCCGGACUGCGGCCGUGCCUUCGCGCGCCGCUCCACGCUAGCCAAGCACGCACGCACGCACACGGGCGAGCGGCCCUACCAGUGCCCCGAGUGCGGCCGGUGCUUCUCGCAGAAGUCGGCGCUGACCAAACACGGCCGCACGCACACGGGCGAGCGGCCCUACCAGUGCCCCGAGUGCGACAAGCGCUUCUCCGCCGCGUCGAACCUGCGGCAGCACCGGCGGCGCCACACCGGCGAGAAGCCGUACGGGUGCACGCAGUGCGGCCGACGCUUCGCGCAGAGCUCCAACUACGCACAGCAUCUGCGCGUGCAUACGGGCGAGAAGCCUUACGCGUGCCCGGACUGCGGACGAGCCUUCGGCGGAAGUUCGUGCCUGGCGCGCCACCGACGCACGCACACGGGCGAGCGCCCGUACGCAUGCGCCGACUGCGGCACGCGCUUCGCGCAGAGCUCGGCGCUGGCCAAGCACCGGCGCGUGCACACAGGCGAGAAGCCGCACCGCUGCGCCGUGUGCGGCCGGCGCUUCGGCCACCGUUCCAACCUGGCGGAGCAUGCGCGCACGCACACAGGCGAGCGACCCUACCCGUGCACCGAGUGCGGCCGUCGCUUCCGCCUCAGCUCGCACUUCAUCCGCCACCGUCGCGCCCACAUCCGGCGCCGUCUCUAUAUCUGCGCGGGCUGCGGCCGAGACUUCCAGCUACCCGACAGCGCUACAGACUCCACUCCCACUGAGCGCUGCCCCGAGUGCGAGGGCAGCUGAACCGCCGGGCCUUCCACCUGGUUGCAUUCACCGGGAUGGCUCCUUUCGCCCCUGCAUCUAGGUCUAGGAAAGUGUGGGCUGGCAGCCAGGCUGCUCCUGGGACUGGGGUCCCUGGAACGUGCCCACCCCCUCCGCUACAUUCCCUUGGCCCGUGUGAGUGAAUAAAGUAUUAUAUUCACACCA